UUGUUUUGAUCGGGAACUACAUUUUAAAAGGCACAUUUCAACAAGUUGUAAAAACUGUUAAAGAGAACCCGUAAUUGAAAUAGAAACUAAUAACGUUUUUACGGACGUAAUGGCGUCGAGUUCAUCCAAGUCGUCCAUAAAACUAAUUGGGACAACCAAGAAAAUAGAAUCACCUUUAGCCAAGUAUAACAGUGUUGGACAACUGACUUGCAUUGUCUGUAAUAGUGUUGUCAAAAAUGAGUUGGUCUGGACUGCUCAUAUCAACGGCAGGCAGCAUCGUGAAAAAGUUCUUGCUUUAAAAAAGCCUGUAGUUGAAACCCAGUUCAUGAAGCCUAAACAGAUUCUAGCCAUCAAACGGAAAGCAGAAUCCCCGGCAAGCGCAGAUGGUUUUGCCAAUAUGCCAACCAAAAAAGGAGUACCCAGAGAUUUUUUUGAUAGCCCACCUCCUGGGUUUGGUGCAACACCAGCUCCGAUGCCCAUCAAAAGUAUUCUGAAAAAUGCAAGAAAUCCACCACAGCAUGUUCCCCCUGUAUUAAAGACUGAAGUAUCAAAAUCAGUGGAAGAUAUGGAAACUGACGAUGGAUUUGAAACAUUGAAUAAAAUACCAAGUGAAAAUGAAAAGUUGACUUUACAUCAAGCAGAUGUUAUCAGUUCAAAUUCUAUACCAGAAGGCUUCUUUGAUGACCCGAAGAUGGAUGCAAAGGUCCGUCAAAUUGAAUUUAAAGACCCUGUAGAAGAGGAAUGGAACAAAUUCCAAAAAGAAAUUCAUGAUGAAGUUACUGCAUCUGUUGCAAUACAGGAAGAAGAUCAAGAGGAAUCUACAGCUGAAAGACAGCUAGAGGAAAUAGAGGAGCAAAUGUUGAAAUGGAGGCGAGUUCUGGAGCUCGAGCAGAAGAAGGAAUUGUACGAGCAGCGAGUUCGAGCCCUUCGUGAAUCAAUUGUAGAAGACAAGAGUACAAGUUCCAGUGAUGAUGACGAUGCGGCAAUGGACAAAUCUUUUGACUGGCGAUCCAAAGCCACCUCAUGAUUUUCUACAGUGUUCGUAUUAAUUGUGUAUGAAGUGAUGUUUAAUAGACUCAUAAUGUAUUUCAGUUAACUGAAUAACAUCUAUUGCCACAUAAUUA